AGGAGAAGGAGGAGGAGCAAGAAAAGGCUACCAUAGAUUUCUCGGCCUAGAGCGGCCCUUAAGUGCCGAGUUGAGGAGGGCGGGCGGGGACCACCCCGAACUGGCCGCCGGCGGUAUCAUGGCGUCCCGGAACCCCCCUCCCCAAGAAUAUGAAAGUGAUGACGACUCAUACGAAGUGUUGGAUUUAACUGAGUAUGCAAGAAGACACCACUGGUGGAAUCGAGUGUUUGGCCACAGUUCGGGACCUGUGGUAGAAAAAUACUCAGUAGCUACCCAGAUUGUAACGGGUGGCGUGACUGGCUGGUGUGCAGGAUUUUUGUUCCAGAAGGUUGGGAAACUUGCAGCAACUGCAGUAGGUGGUGGUUUUCUUCUCCUUCAGAUUGCCAGUCACAGUGGCUAUGUGCAGAUCGACUGGAAGAGAGUUGAAAAAGAUGUAAAUAAAGCAAAAAGACAGAUUAAGAAACGAGCAAAUAAAGCCGCGCCUGAAAUCAACAAUAUAAUUGAAGAAGCAACAGAAUUUAUCAAGCAGAACAUUGUGAUAUCCAGUGGAUUUGUGGGAGGCUUUUUGCUAGGCCUUGCAUCUUAAGGACAUGAGUGUUCUACCUUAGUGGAUCCAAUUGUGAGAAGAAAAAUGGUGGCCACAGUGUGAUCUCUCAACAGAACUUGCCCACCAGAGUCUCCAGAGUGAGGAGAAAUAACUAGAUGGACAAUACCAAAUUCACUAUUUAGCAUUUUGCCAUCUGAAGCUUGGCAAACUAGUAUCUGCUGUAAAACAACCUGUGUGGUAUGUGAACCAUAGUAUUCUUGAGCAAAACAUGGCUUUUAAUCAGGUAUUUUGUUUCAUUUGUUUAGAACUGGCUAUAAAAUAUUACUAUUGGAUAUAGAUGAUACAUAUAGUGAGAGGAAAUCUAUUGCUUUUAUUGCCCAAUGAAUAUGAUUCUGUUUAAGUUGUUCUUGUGCUUUACUGUAUACUAUCAGUAAUUAAAAUUUGUUCUUAUGAAUUUCUUUUUAUAAAAAACAAACAGAAGAAUUUUUUGUGGAAGACUUUAGGAAUUGAAUUAUUAAGCUGUCAUCUAGACUCUAAUGUACUAUAAUACCCAUCUUUAGGUUGAUUUUUUCCCCAUAUUUCUUAGUUUGCUCAUAUAAUAAUUGUAUAUGUCAUAGAAGACUUUCUGAGGAUGUAGUACAUAUCUAAAGCUCUUUUUCCCUUUUUUGAUGUCUGUAGUUUUUAAAAUGUCUUCUUGUAUGUUACCUUCUAUUUUUUGUAUAUUUGUCCUAGGAGCCUUGGCAGAGUGAAUUAUUUUGUGAGUACAUAUACUUGAGUCAUUGAUUUAUUUUAUUAACUUCAGGUGCACCACAUUUUUCAUUUCCAAAACUCCUUUGGCCCCUUCUUCAUUGUGAAGAAACAGUUGCUUUAAAAUACUUAGUAGUGUAUUAUAAAUUUGUUAUCUGAAUAAUCAUUAUUUUCUCUGUAGUCAUGAAAUUUUAGGUUAAGGAGAAUUGUCUCUUGAUUAAGUCUGGAACCUAAGGACUAAGGCUGAAUUUCAGGCUUUGGUAGCAUUAUGUUGGCUGAACACUAGACCAGUACACUGGUUUUUCAGGACCAACAUCACACUCCCUCAGAGCCUUCUUUGCCUCCCCUCCCCCCAGAGCUUUCUAUAUUGUUAGUUUUGCCUGUAUACUUCUAGGUGGGAAAUGGGACAAACAGCAAAAACAUGUAGAUUGACGUUUUCGGAUUUGAAAGACUGCAGAUAUUCAGACCAUCCAUCUCUUUUGGAUAGGAUGUUCCCAUAAUGUGUUCUCUAUAUUGUAAACAUAGUAUGUUUCAUACUUUCAAUACUGGUACAGGCUGUGUACUUGCAUUGUCAUGAGACUCCUUAAAAUUGAAUGUAGAAUCCAUCAUUAAUUUCUUGCUUUAUUCUCAUUAGUGCCUCAAUAUGAUGCAAAAUAAAACUCAGACUUUCUUAAUAUGAA